UGCGGCUGGGCGGGGUUGAGACGGCGUUGGAGCGAGCGGAGCAUGGCUUACUCUGGGCAACCCGGAGCUGGCGGCGGCUACUACCAGGGCGGGUAUGGAAGUGCUCCAGGAGGGCCAGCAUUUCCUGGUCAGGCUCAAGAUCCUUUAUAUGGUUAUUUUGCUGCAGUAGCUGGACAGGAUGGACAAAUAGAUGCUGAUGAGCUUCAAAGAUGUCUGACUCAGUCAGGAAUUUCAGGCAACUAUAAACCUUUCAACUUAGAGACAUGCAGGCUCAUGAUCUCCAUGCUGGAUAGGGACAUGUCUGGCAUGCUGGGCUUCAAUGAAUUCAAGGAGCUCUGGGCUGUGCUGAAUGGUUGGAGACAGCACUUCAUGGGGGUCGAUGGUGACCAUAGCGGUGCAGUUGAUGCUCAGGAGCUGCAGAAAGCCUUGACAGCCAUGGGAUUUAGGUUGAGCCCACAGGCAGUCAAUGGAAUUGUGAAACGAUACAGCAGUCAUGGAAAGAUAUCCUUUGAUGACUACAUUGCAUGUUGUGUGAAACUCCGAGCUCUUACUGAUAGCUUUCGAAGAAGGGAUGCAGCUCAGCAGGGCAUGGUGAACUUCCAGUAUGAUGAUUUCAUACAGUGCGUCAUGAGCAUCUGAUUCAAGCUGAAGGAAGAGACUGAUGAGCAUGGUCCACAUUCCUCUUUGAUUUGCUUUGCACCAAAAAUUAUCAUGGCUAUGUAACUAAAUUAGUGGUAUUUGCAUAUUUUAUAAAUAUUGAUUUAUAUGCUUUUAUAGUUUUGAUAACUAACAAAAGGGGGAACCAUAAUAAAUGCUGGUUUGGGUUGAUUUGACCUGGAUAUUUAUAAUUUGCUUGAUAUGGAAGUAAAAAUAGUUAGUUUUUCCUUUAUCUCUUCCUGUACUGAAAUUGUUCAUAUUAGGACACACUUAUCCCAGAUGAUCCCAGGAUAAACAGUUGGGCAUGUAUUAAAAUAAGUACACAAAAUAUCAGUGAAAUUUGCCUGCAUGAACAAUAUUUUUGGUCCCCGAAAUGGAAAAACUUCCCUUUCCUAUCUAGUAAUCCAAGUAUUCCUUCCUCAAAAUGUUUUGUUUGUCCUCGAUAUUUCAACAAGUGGGAAACACGCAACUGGUAAUGUUCUUCGCUAACUGUGCCAUGCUUUCAAUUGAAGAUUUUUGAUAUAAUGUAUUUAUGUGAAAACAAAUGCACAAAUACUAAUGAUGCCAUAAUUUCAUGGAGAAUUAGGAAAAAAUCUUAAAGGAGUACCUUAAAUUCUUCUUCUGGGGUGGUUCUUUAUACCACAUUGCAACACAACUUUGGGAUCACUUCUGUCAUGUGCACUGGAUUUGAUCCAGACUUAGGCAUACUUAAUGUCAACCCAAUGAAAUGACAAGGCAGGACUGCAAACUAGUUGAAUUCAAUGCAUGACUAAGCCUGGAUCCCAUCCACUUCAUUUUAAUAAAACAAAUUAUUUACUAAAUGUUUCCCCUUGUUGACACAUUUAAAUGCCUGUGUAUUGAAUCUUGUCAUUCAUCAUUCUAGUAUGAAAUGUAUUGUAAUUCCCUUUUCUUAAAUUAAAAGGUGCAUUUAUUUAUCUUAGGAAACAUUUCAUACCUUUAAGUGCCCAUUUUAUAUAGAAGGUGCUGGAGAUGGAUUUAAAGAGGUCCCUUCUUACAAAUUCUCUUUAUAAGGUUAUAAAGCAGGAAAAGGAGAAGGGAAAGGGAGGGAGGAUAAGCAAAGGAGAAGGAUGGAUUGGAUGCCUUCAUUUUUCAGCUUCAGACUUCUUGAAAAUACAUAGGACAGAAAUCUGGCAACCCUGCAGAUUUAGAAGGUGGUGCUUUAUAUGUCCUCACUGUUGUGACUCACAACAACAGUUUGCUAAAUUUUAGUGCAGUUUGCUAAUAUGAACAUAGUCAGUAAAGUAAUAACAAAGAAGACAUGCGGAUUACUGACAGCAUCAUGCAAUCUAACUGCAAGUUUAUGCUCUUCUUGAUGGCAAAAUUUAUUUCUUACCUUCCAGCAUACUAGUAGGUUCCAUGGCACGAGUUGGGGGAAAAAAAGCAUUGCCGUUUAGUCAUGUGAGUUUGAGCUUGUUUCUGUUUAUAUUUAAAUAUACGUAUCAAAUAUCAGGAAACAUUCUGGCUAGCAGAAGGACAACUGAACUUUCUGUUCCACAGGCUCGGGCUUUUGAAAGAUCUUCAUAUUACCUCCAUUUUUCCUUGGUUACAUGCAAAUGUAACCACAAACCAAACAUAGCUGGACUUUUCUCAAUCAGACUGUUAGUUUGUUUGAGAAGUUGCUGAUACCGAUAUGGUCUGUGUUUGCCACACAGAUGCCAUGACUGACAUAUGAAGUUAAAGAAUAAUACUGCACAUAGCCGAGUUUGACAGUGUGGAUCCAGUUGAUUAGUUCUGAUUCUCUGGUGAGCCUCCAGGGGUCUCAGCAGAGACCCGCUCUUGUUCUGAAAUCACACUGGCCAUGAGUUGUCCAUAAUCUACAAAGUAAUGCAACUUCACAACACCAGGUAAAAUGUUUAAACUGCCAGCAUUUAAACUGGCUUUUUAAUUCUGUUUACUGUAUUAUCUAUACUAUUGGUGAUUACAUAAUAAAUUAUGGCUAACAAGUUGA